UAUGGUGUUUACAUUUAGAUUUCUCAGUUUCUCACAUAAGCCAGUUAUUUUUUUUAUAAACUAAGAUCACAUAUUUGGGAAUGUGCUGAUUGGUGCUAGUUGAAGUAUUGAUGAUUUUCAAUUUUGCACUAAGUCAACAUUAGCACAUUAGUCAACCAUUACUGGUUGGUUCAAAUCAUCAAGAAAGUGAAUACCUUUUUGGUACAGUUUCCAUUAUACAUUACAAUGAAGAAUAGCAAUGAGUUGGGGGACCAAUGUUAAUGGACAGGAUAAGGUACUACUCCAUGUAUGGACAUGUGGAGAAACUAGCUGAAGAAAUAAAGAAAGGAGCUGCUUCUGUGGAAGGUGUUGAAGCCAAACUAUGGCAGGUACCUGAGACACUGGCCGGGGAGGUGCUUGGUAAGAUGAGUGCACCACCCAAGAGUGAUGUAGCAAUCAUCACUCCAAAUGAACUCUCUGAGGCUGAUGGCUUUGUGUUUGGCUUCCCAACAAGAUUUGGAAUGAUGGCUGCUCAAUUCAAAGCUUUUCUAGAUGCUACUGGUGGUUUAUGGAGAACACAGCAGCUUGCAGGCAAGCCUGCCGGAAUCUUCUACAGCACCGGUUCUCAAGGUGGCGGGCAAGAGACCACAGCGCUUACUGCUAUCACUCAGCUGGUUCAUCAUGGAAUGAUAUUUGUUCCAAUUGGUUAUACAUUCGGCGCCGGCAUGUUCGAGAUGGAACAAGUGAAAGGUGGAAGUCCAUAUGGUGCAGGAACAUAUGCCGGCGACGGCUCGAGACAGCCGAGUGACCUUGAAUUGGAGCAAGCAUUUCACCAAGGGAAAUAUAUUGCCACCAUCACAAAGAAGCUCAAGGAAGCGGCAUAAUGUUGCUUUCAUAUAUAGACAUACUAAAUAUUAAACUGCACCAAAAUAUUGCUUGAAAACCGUUACAAUUUACAUUUUUUAGACUUUGGAAUAUAUCCAGUUAUAUUUUUUUUCUUUCCAAUUUUCCUAAAGAAAAUGCGUUUGUAUGUGUGUGACAGGAUGUAGUGGUUGUUGCUAUUUGUUAAAUGAUGAAAGUUUGUUUGUAUUGUUCUUUUGUGUUAGGCUGGGAAAAUACAUGUUCCCAUCUAUUGUAUUCCAUCUAUAAAGAAGUUUAAUUUCAAUAAGCAGACAUUUAUAUACUACAUUGUAUCAACCAGUUUGGUAGAGCA